CGAAUGCUCGGACACGUGACAGUACACUCGUUUGCAGACUUUAGGACUGAUUGCGUCUUGGCUGUUUGUCUGUCCUGUGUCUAAGACUAAAAAAAGAGAAAUAUGGUUUUUGAUACUCAUUCAGUGAAUUAAACCAAUUCUACUGUGUCCCUAAAAACUGGUUGUCAUGACAAUAAACACUAACAGCAUAUAAAUACACAUAACAAACUUUUGCCAAUAACAUUUGAUAGAUUGUGAAGCGAUUAUAAAAAUUAUGGCCGAUCAAAUUAUAGACGAUAGUCCAGAAAUGGUAAGUAUAUUAAUAACUAGUAGCAUUAACUCGUUUGGAACGGAAAGACGUUUUCCGAAGAACGUCUCGAUUAGCGAACUGAAGAGAAAGUUGGAGUUAAUCACGGGUGCAUCCUCAUCCGGUAUGAAACUCGAGUUGCGAGAUAAGACCGAUGCAGUGGUUACUACUAUGACGGAUGGUAGUAAUUUAGGUUCUUAUACAAUUGGAGAAGGUAUGAGAAUUCAUGUGAUUGAUAACAGUCGUCAUGUCGGAGAGUUUGAAGAUCUUUCGAAAGUAGAAAAGUUUGUCCUGAGCGAUGAGGAAUAUCAAAAGAAAAGUGAUUCUUUAAGAGCUUUUAAGCUGAAAAAUAAACUUGGUCAAUUUAAUGAAGAAGAAGUUAAAAAAAUUAAAGAAGAAGAACAACAACUUAUUCAGAAUAUUUCUGUGGGAAAUCGUUGUGAAGUAACCAUUAGGGGAAAACCUAAAAGAAGAGGAACUGUUAUGUAUGUAGGAGAAACUGAUUUUAAACCAGGCUAUUGGAUUGGUGUUCAGUAUGAUGAACCUUUUGGAAAAAAUGAUGGCAGUGUUAAUGGAAAGAGAUAUUUCAGUUGCCCAGAUAAAUAUGGAGGAUUUGUAAAACCACAAGAUGUUGCUGUUGGUGAUUUUCCUGAAGAAGAUUUCACCAAAGAACUUGAUGAAAUAUAAAAUGAUUUUUUUCGAAGAAGAAAUGCUGAUUUGUUAAACAAAUAAUUUGCAUUUUCAGAUAUUUUAAUGCUUAAAUUACAUAUAUUAAAGUAAAUAAUUUUGCCUAAACUAGCUGCAGUACUAAAAUCUGAAAUGCAAUGAAAUAUAUGGUAAGACAUUUGACAUUUUGAAUCUUUGCAUGCAUCACAGGUAUUUAACUUAUGUAUUGAAUAUUGUAAAAAUUAUAAAUGUAAAAUGCAAAAUUUUUAGUGUGUUUUUUUAUUUGUAAGUUUGAAAUUUAAUGAAAAAUUAAUACUU